CCACACUCUCUUCACACUCUGUUGCAACGAUGGGCUCGAUCUCAGACCCGCCCCUCCUGACCAACUUCACCCAACUCCUCCGGAGUUGCCCCACCACCUCCUCCUCCUCCUCCUCUCCAAUCCAGAAUGCCGACAUGGCCGCCCCCCGGGAGUGUGAGCUCCCAGUCAUAGACCUGGGUGGGCUGAGCAGCGAGUGCGAAGAGGAGAGGCAGUCGUGUGCGGCGGCCAUGUGCAGGGCCUCCGCAGAGUGGGGGUUCUUCCAGGUGGUGAACCAUGGGAUCAGCAGUGAGCUGCUUGGGGAGAUGAGGAGAGAGCAGGUGAAGCUGUUCGAGACGCCCUUCGAGUCCAAGGUCCGCUCCGCCCUCCUCGACUACUCCUACCGCUGGGGCACUCCCACCGCCACCUCCCCUGCCCAAUUCUCCUGGUCCGAGGCCUUCCACGUCCCCCUCGCCAAGAUCUCCGACCUCUCUUGCUAUGGCCAGUUCAUCUCCCUCCGGGGAGUCCUGAUGGAGUUCGCCGCUGCCAUGUCCAGGCUAGCCAGGACGCUGGCGGGGGUCCUGGCGGAGAACCUCGGGCAUCACCGGGGCCGCAGUGCGUUUGACGAGACGUGCCACGAGAGCACGUGCUUCCUCCGGCUGAACCGCUAUCCGGUGUGCCCACUCUCGACGGAGAUGUUCGGGCUGGUGCCCCACACGGACAGCGACUUCCUGACCAUCUUGUACCAGGACCAGGUGGGAGGCCUCCAGCUCCUCAAGGACUCCCGAUGGGUCGCUGUCAAGCCCAACCGAGACGCUCUCAUCGUCAACAUCGGAGACCUUCUUCAGGCGUGGAGCAACGACGUGUACAAGAGCGUGGAGCACAAGGUGACGACGAACGAGAAGGUGGAGCGAUACUCCGUGGCCUUCUUCCUCUGCCCUUCGUACGACUCUCUGAUCGGGAGUUUCAGAGAGCCCUCCGUCUACAGGAAGUUCACGUUCGGUGAAUACCGGAAGCAAAUCCAGGAGGACGUCAGAAGAAACGGCCAGAAAGUUGGUCUCCCACGUUUCAGGCUGCAAACGAGUACAUAAACACAGUUCGUUUAUAAUGAAGUUUACGAAAGCCAUCCUAUGGGGACCUCCAUGGUAUAUACUAAUACACAGUUCUGAGACAUUAUUAGUUUAUUGGGUAAGUAAAGAAGAAGAAGAAGA